AUGGGAUCGACUAGCAAGCUUGGUGAGCAGCCGUGUAUGUGGAAUGAGCCUCUUGAGGAUGACUGGAUGGAUGGCAAUGUUUGUGUUACGAAUCAACAGGAGACAAUGUUUGAUACCGUAGUGGAGGCAGAUGGUGACUUAUCUGAUUGGGAAGGUAGGGGGGCUUCGCUGUUGCCCAAUUUCUUGGGUUUGGAGGGGUUGCAAGCUGAAGAUGUCCUUCAAAUGGAGUUUUCUACACCUGAGGAUGCAAGCGGAUUUCGAGGGAAAAAAUGGUUGGAAAAGGUUGAUCGCAUUCGGGAACAUAAGGUAGUUACCCGAUGCGGAUGUCUUGCCGAGAUGAGGAUUAAGAGGAAAGACGGAAGCGGGAAGUGGUACGUGUCGCGUUUCGUCGAGGAGCAUAAUCACGAACUGGCAUAUGAGAAGCUUGUGGAUUAUUUACGGUCACACAGGAAGAUUUCUGAGCAAGAUAUGUAUAACGAGGUGCGGAAGCAGAGAGGGCUCCAAGGUGGAGACGUAAAUGCAAGUAUAAGGUACCUAGAAGGUCUGGCACGCGUGGAUGGGAAAAUGUUUUGGCGGUACAAGGUUGGAGACGGGAAACACCUCUGCAACUUGUUUUGGAGCAACGGUCGUUGUCAGAAAGAUUAUUUGUUGUUCGGUGACGUCCUAGCAUUCGAUGCAACGUAUGGCCGUAACAAGUAUAACCUUCCCGUUGUUGUCUUCUCCGGAGUAAACCACCACAACCAGACAUGCGUUUUUGCUACAGCUAUGGUUUCCUGCGAGUCACAUGAGUCUUACAUUUGGGUUCUUGAGAAGUUUUUGGAAUGCAUGCAAGGAAAGGCACCACAGUCUGUUAUCACCGAUGGGGACCCAGCCAUGAGGAUAGCGAUUCAGUCUGUUUUUCCUGAUGCGCAUCAUAGGUUAUGCGCUUGGCAUCUUCUGAGAAACGCGACGUCUAACAUAUGCGACCCAAGAUUCACACAUCUCUUUAAACACUGCAUGUUGGCUGAUAUGGAAACCGAUGAGUUUGAAGCGCAUUGGGAGAACAUGGUGAACGAGUGUGGUGUUGGGGACGUUGACUGGGUGAAGGACUUGUACAGUAAAAAGUAUGCAUGGACAACAACUUACAUCCGAGGUAGAUUUUUUGCCGGGAUACGUACUACAUCUAGGUGCGAGUCACUACACGCCAAGCUCGGUCAGUUUGUUAAGAGCCGGUACGGUAUUCUGGAAUUUGUUACCAAUUUCCAGAGGUGUGUCGAUUUUCUUCGCGACAACAUUGAUGAGCUAGAAUUUCGCUCUUGGUAUGGUACACCUGUAUUACAGACGGAGUUUGUUGAGUUGGAAAAGUCGGCGUGGACGAAGUUCACUCACGAAAUGUUUGCUAGAUUUAGGGAAAGCUUGAAACGGUGCGUACGUGUUAGAAUAUGCGAAAUCAAUGAGACAUUGCACCUGCAUGUGUAUACUCUACAAAAGUAUCGGAGGCCUGAGAUGACUUGGCAGGUUUAUAGGGAGCCUACUUCUAAUAUCUUUAGUUGCACGUGCAUGCGAAUGGAGUCGUUCGGAAUUCCAUGUGUGCACAUUGUGGCUGUGUGUGUCAGGCUUGAUUUAGCGGAAAUUCCUGAAAGCCUGGUUCUGCGCAGGUGGUCCAAGACAGCUAAAAUGGAGAUAAAUAAUAAAAUGGUUGACCACCACACUGCUGACCAAAGCGUGACGUAUAGAACAAGGUUGGGUGCGUUCUCGCAGCUAUGCAAACGGUUAGGGAAGGUGGCUUGCAUGAGCGAUGAUGACUUCAAGGUUUACUCGAAGAAGGUUUUAUCCGAUGCUGUUUUCCUUGAAAUCAAGUAUGGCCUUCGACCACCAAACAAUAUUUCCACACCGGCAACAGAUAAUAUAGUGAAAGACCCAAUUCGUGUUAGAACAAAAGGCACAGGUCCGUGCAGUCAAGCUGGGGGUUCUGCUGCGAAGACCAAAAGAAAGUGCAGUACGUGUGGGAAGCUCGGGCACCGGAGGACACGCUGUCCUAACAGAGAUACGCCAACUGCAACAACAAAUGUGACUGCCACUGCUCGGGGGCAUAAACGCAAGCGAUCAAAGGGUCUUAUGUCAUUGGUGUUUCGCAUUAGCACUUGA